AUGGCCAAGAAUUCGUUCUACGCGGUGCAAAAUGGUCGCUCAACAGGCGUAUUUAACAACUGGGAUACUUGCAAAUCAUUAGUGAGUGGCUUUCCAGGCGCCAGGUACAAGAAGUUUGACACAAUGGCGGAGGCACAGUCUUUCGCCGAGCAGGGAAAAUCGUUCUCAAAACCAUCCUCUAGCUUAAGAGUGCCGCAGUCUCGUCAGGCUUAUAGAGAGUCGCAGAGCUCGCAGAUCGGUUACGGGCCUCACACCAUGAAAAGUGAACGCUCUUCUGGAGAGCGGAAUGGACCUCGUGAUAGCCGGAGCUUAGCCUCAAAGGUGAAGGCAGGCCGCACCCGCGAAAUGUCACCAACUAGGUCAUCGAUCUUAAGGAAUAACCAAGAAAGUCGAAAGAGGGGCCAAAAGGCUAGUCAAAGAUUCUACGGUGUUAAAAGCUCAAACCCCAACUACGAAAGCAAGAUUUUCGAGAGCUGGCCUGAGUGUCAGCGAUAUGUGUCACGCAAAAGCGGUAUAUCAUUCAAAAAACUUGAUAGCCUUGAAGAAGCCCAAAACUUCAUCAAUGGCACGAGCUCCAAAGAUUUUGAGUUUAUUGGCCAAGAUCAAGAGCAGUUCCUCUCGCAAUACUCGAGAGUACCCGAAGAGGGUGCUGUGGUCCAGGACUGUAAUGUUUAUUGCGAUGGAUCUGCUCUAAGCAAUGGCACACGGUCCUCUCGCGCGGGAUAUGGCGUCUACUUCGAACAAGACGGGGGGAAUAACAUAUCAGAGCCCCUGCUUGAGGGAGCGCAGACUAAUAACCGUGCCGAGAUUCAAGCUGUGUCAAGCGCGCUAGACCAAAUCUGGACAAAUCUCACUGCCAAUAAAAAAAACUUGAGAUAUCAAAUCAAGACUGACUCAGAAUACGUAGCGAAACUGCUGAAUGAUCGCUACAUGGGAUACAGCGUGCAGAAACUCGAGCAGCUGCCAAACAGCGACCUGAUCGCGCCUCUGGUUCAGAAAUUUGUUAAGGUCAAAAAGUUCUACGAGAUUAAUGAGGAGGUAUUCGGAAGUUCAAAGUUUCACAUCGAGUGGGUUAGAGGACACGCGGGAGAAGCGGGUAAUGAGAAGGCGGAUGAACUCGCCAGGUUGGGCGCCAGCAAAUCUUAA